AUGUUUCUUCCUCCGUUUGCUUCCUCCACCCCCAUCUCACCGGCAGUAUCCGAUGUAUCACGCCGGAAACUAACAACAACCAGCAUUCACAUUAUGGCCUUAGACGGAAUCGUCAACGCGAAUUCCCUCUUCACAUUAGCACUCUUCCUCGGCAUCACAUCCACCAACACCAACAGCACUCUAAUCGGAGACAACCCUGCCUGCAUAGCUGGACCCUCAGUCGCGGAAAGCCUCAUGGCCUACCAUGUCUACUCCUUCAGCUCCUUCCUUUUCUCAAGCCUCAUCGCUUUGGCUAUCAAAAACGUUAUCAGCAUCAGCAAAGGCAUUGAUGGAGCUGUUGCUACCAAUAACUUGGUGCGUGGUUAUGAGUUAACUGGGGAAGUUAACACUGUUGCUUUGAGGCUUGGAACUUUGGUUUCGGCUUUUGGAUCGGUUUUUGGAUGUGGGUUUUUGGUUAUGGCUUUGGUUGAUUUGGUGCAGAUUAAGUUGGGAACUUUGGCUUGUGGGAGUCAUCAUACUUUGUCUGCUAUUGCUCCCCUGCUUAUUCUUGUUCCUUCUGCGUUACUUAUCUAUGUUAUUCUUGUUCUAUAUGCUUUUACUCGUUAA